GCCUUUUCACAUUAGAAUCCCUCCGCUGGAGUCGAACAGCGCUGCAACAGGCCCUUUGUGCUAGCUAAGUGCUAUCUAGGUGCUAUAUAGGUGCUAGCUAGCGCAAGCGGGUUAAUGGAUCAAAGCACAAGUGACAAAACAUCAAAGCGUCCAGUGCGGCUAACCCCGCCCCUCUGCGGAGAGAACGGGAGUUCCAUUCAAACGCACCGAACUCCGCGGCCCGGGAUGCGACAGUCGCUGUAGAAGCAGAGAGACGCGGCAGCAGCAGCAUCGGAACCAGAACCAGAGGAAGAAGAAGGAGAAGGAGCAGGAGCAGGAGCAGAACCGGAACCAGAGGCCGGACGUUUGACCUCGACGCGACCCAGAGCAGGAGGAGGCAGAACCCGCCGAGGCAGCCGGAACACCCUCACGGAGCUCAGUCUGCUAGCAGGAGGCUAACGGCGGACCGCGACAUGGCGAGCGCCUCGUACCACAUCUCCAACCUGCUGGAGAAGAUGACCUCCAGCGACAAGGACUUCAGGUUUAUGGCCACGAAUGACCUGAUGACAGAGCUGCAGAAAGAUUCAAUCAAACUGGACGACGACAGCGAGAGGAAGGUGGUGAGGAUGAUUCUCAAACUGCUGGAAGACAAGAACGGAGAAGUUCAGAAUCUGGCCGUCAAGUGCCUGGGGCCCCUGGUCAGCAAGGUGAAGGAGUACCAGGUGGAGACGAUUGUGGACACGCUGUGCACCAACAUGCUGUCGGACAAAGAACAACUCCGAGACAUUUCCUCCAUCGGACUCAAGACGGUGAUCGGAGAGCUGCCGCCCGCCUCCAGUGGCUCUGCUUUAGCCGCCAGCGUCUGCAAGAAGAUAACGGGUCGCCUGACGAGCGCAAUCGCCAAACAGGAGGACGUCUCCGUCCAGCUGGAGGCGCUGGACAUCAUGGCCGACAUGCUCUGCAGACAAGGAGGCCUGCUGGUCAACUUCCAUCCCUCCAUCCUCAGCUGUCUGCUGCCUCAGCUCACCUCCCCCAGACUGGCCGUCAGAAAGAGGACCAUCAUGGCUCUGGGCCACCUGGUGAUGUCCUGCGGGAACCUGGUCUUCAUCGACUUGAUCGAGCACCUUCUGACGGAGCUGGGCAGGAACGACAACAUGUCCACCACCAGAACCUACAUCCAGUGCACGGCGGCCAUCAGCCGACAGGCUGGACACCGGAUCGGAGAGUAUCUGGAGAAGAUCAUUCCUCUGGUCGUCAAGUUCUGCAACAUCGACGACGACGAGCUCCGAGAAUACUGCAUCCAGGCCUUCGAGUCCUUCGUGAGGCGGUGUCCCAAAGAAGUUUACCCCCACGUUCCCACGGUGAUCUCCAUCUGCCUGCGCUACCUGACCUACGACCCCAACUACAACUUCGACGAUGAGGACGAGGACGACAACGCCAUGGACGCCGAGCAGAACGACGAAGAUUACCAAGGCAGCGACGACGAGUACAGCGACGACGACGACAUGAGCUGGAAGGUGCGACGGGCGGCGGCCAAGUGUCUGGACGCCGUCGUGUCAACUCGCCAUGAGAUGCUGCCCGAGUUUUAUCGCUCCGUCUCCCCCGCGCUCGUCUGUCGCUUCAAGGAGCGGGAGGAGAAUGUGAAGGCGGAUGUUUUCCACGCCUACCUGUCGCUGCUCAAACAGACCCGACCGGCUCAGAGCUGGUUGGCCGAUCCGGACGCCAUGGAGCAGGGAGAGACGCCGCUCACGAUGCUGCAGAGCCAGGUCCCCAUCAUCGUCAAAGCUCUUCACAAGCAGCUGAAGGAGAAAAGUGUGAAAACUCGUCAGUGUUGUUUCAACAUGUUGACGGAGCUGGUGAACGUUCUGCCCGGAGCCCUGACGACGCACAUCCCUGUACUAAUACCUGGCAUCAUCUUCUCCCUGAACGAUAAGUCGAGCAGCUCCAACCUGAAGAUCGACGCCCUAGCCUGCCUCCACGUUAUCAUGGUCACACAUCCCGCGCAUGCCUUCCACGCCCACGUCCCCGCCCUCGUCCCGCCUGUGGUGGCGUGCGUUGGAGACCCCUUCUACAAGAUCACCUCUGAGGCCCUGCUCGUCAUGCAGCAGCUCGUCAAGGUGAUCCGACCUCUCGACAGCCAAUCAGAGGCCUCGGACAGCUUCGACCCCUCCCCCUACAUCAACGACCUGUUCACCUGCACCAUCAAGCGCCUGAAGGCAGCCGACAUCGACCAGGAGGUUAAAGAGCGAGCCAUCUCCUGCAUGGGGCAGAUCAUCUGUAACCUAGGUGACAGGCUGCCCAACGAACUCCCGGGAACUCUGCUGAUUUUCUUGGAACGCCUCAAGAAUGAGAUCACCAGACUGACGACGGUGAAAGCUCUGACGCUGAUUGCCGGCUCGCCACUGAAGAUCGAUCUGAGGCCGGUUCUGCCCGACGCCGUUCCCAUCCUCGCCUCCUUCCUGCGCAAGAACCAGCGAGCGUUGAAGCUCUGCACGCUCGCCGCUCUGGACAUCCUGCUCCGGAACUACAGCUCGGCAGUGACUCCGGUCAUGGUGGACGCUGUCCUCGCUGAGCUGCCCCCGCUCAUCUCGGAGAGCGACAUGCACGUGUCCCAGAUGGCGCUGAGCUUCCUGUCCACGCUGGCAGUGACCCACCCGUCCUCGCUGGGGCAGCUGAGCGGGAGCAACAUCCUGCAGCAGCUCAUCGCGCUGGUUCGAUCCCCGCUGCUGCAGGGCGGAGCGCUCGCUGCCAUGCUGGACUUCUACCAGGCUCUGGUGUCCACAGAAACCCCAGGUCUCGGCUACAUGGACCUGCUCAGGAUGCUGACCGGCCCCGUCUACUCGCAGAGCGCCGCGCUGCCCCACAAACAGGCGUACUGCUCCAUCGCCAAGUGCGUCGCCGCCCUGACCCGGGCCUGUCCCGACGAGGGGCCCGCCGUCGUGGGCCAGUUCAUCCAGGACGUGAAGAACAGCCGCUCCACGGACUCCAUCAGGCUGCUGGCGCUGCUCUCGUUGGGUGAGGUGGGACACCACGUGGACCUCAGCAGCCAACCGGAGCUCAAGACCGUCAUCCUGGACGCGUUCUCCUCCUCCAGCGAAGAGGUGAAGUCGGCGGCCUCAUACGCGCUGGGUAGCAUCGCCGUGGGAAACCUCCCGGAGUAUCUGCCCUUUGUCCUGCAGGAGAUAUCCUCGUCCAAGAGACAGUACCUGCUGCUGCAUUCGCUCAAAGAGAUCAUCAGUUCGGCGUCGGUGUCCGGUCUGAAGCCGUACGUGGAGUCGGUUUGGACUCUCUUGCUCAAACACUGCGAGUGUCAGGAGGAAGGAACCAGGAACGUUGUGGCGGAGUGUCUUGGAAAACUGACAUUGAUUGACCCCGAGACCCUGCUGCCGCGCCUCAAAGGAUACCUGCUGUCAGGUUCGUCGUACGCCAGGAGCUCCGUGGUGACGGCGGUGAAGUUCACCAUCUCUGACCAACCACAGCCCAUCGACCCGCUGCUGAAGAACUGCAUAGGUGACUUCCUGAAGACGCUGGAAGACCCAGACCUGAACGUGCGUCGCGUCGCCUUGGUAACGUUCAACUCGGCCGCCCACAACAAGCCGAGUCUGAUCCGAGAGCUGCUCGACUCGGUUCUGCCUCAACUGUACAACGAGACCAAAGUGAGGAAGGAGCUGAUCCGAGAGGUGGAGAUGGGCCCGUUCAAACACACGGUGGACGACGGGCUGGACCUGAGGAAGGCUGCGUUCGAGUGCAUGUACACUCUGCUAGACAGCUGCCUGGACCGACUGGACAUCUUCACCUUCCUCAACCAUGUAGAGGACGGACUGAAGGACCACUACGACAUCAAGAUGCUGACGUUCCUGAUGCUCGCAAGACUCUCGUCUCUGUGUCCCAGUGCCGUUCUGCAGAGACUGGACCGACUGGUGGAGCCGCUGAGGGCCACCUGCACCACCAAGGUGAAGGCGAACUCGGUGAAGCAGGAGUUCGAGAAGCAGGACGAGCUGAAGCGGUCGGCGAUGCGCGCCGUCGUUGCGCUGCUCACGAUCCCCGAGGCCGAGAAGUCGCCGCUAAUGUCGGAGUUCCAGUCCCAGAUCUCGUCCAAUCAGGAGCUGGCGGCCAUCUUCGAGUCGAUCCAGAGGGACUCCAGCUCCGCCAACAUGGAGUCCAUGGACACUAGCUAGAGGGGGCGGGACGCAAGACAACAGUUCCCACGAUGCAACACGGCACCACACACGCCCCACCACCCCACCCCACCCCCCCCCCCCCCUGCUGGGACGCCAACCCUGCAGAAUGUUUCCAAGACAACAGGACGCACACACACACACACUCACACACACUUAGUGACACACCCUCUCCAAACGAUUGAUGGUUCCAUGAUGCAUUGCACUGAGGUCGGCGGUGGGAACGAGGACGGACGUACGCACGGACAGAAAGGACAAAAACAAAGAACAAAAAAAAUAAAAAAAGGAAAAAAAUAAAAUAAAGAAAUAUUCCAGAAAAAAAUAAAAUUCCAACGUGAGGCUCGGAAAAACUCCUCCUACUUCCUGUUUGUUUUUCUAGUGAGGUCGUCUGAUUGGUUGAUCUCCCCGUUCAUCAUGAUACUUCUAUUUUCUUUUCUUUUUUUCAUAAUUCCAGAAAGUUCCACAGGUACUGUAACCUGAUUGGCCGCAGCAGAGUGACUGACAGUUGGCGUGUUUAUCAAAGAACUGACCAAUGGGGGAGACGGCCUGCGACUCUGGGCGACCAGCUCGCUCCGGUCAUUUGGGGUUUUUUGCGGAUCAUGUGGGCGACCAAUGAGAUGCUUGGGUGUAACGGCUGGUGGGAGGGGUUUUUAUUGUUUGUGGACCAAUCAGCUUCAUUGUUUACCUUAAUUCAGCAGACCCCGCCCCCCUUGGUCUCCACAAGGGAGAGGGGGGAUUAUCGGACCAGGUCCCGUCUGACCACACCUGAUUGGACCAUUGUGCGGCUGUCGCCAUGGUCGACGCCCACACCUGAUUGGACCUCUGUGAGGCUGUCGCCAUGGUGACGCCCAAACCUGAUUGGACCACUGUGCGGGUGUCGCCAUGGCCCCCCCCUCCCCCAAACCAGUUCCCACCGGUUCCGUCUGGUCAGGACAUUCAAACUGAACGUGUCCUGGUUCCAGUCUGAUCCGGUCAAGUCCGGUGUGGUCACGACAGUUCACUGUUUAUCGCCCAAGACAAAUAAAAAAGGUCCAUUUCUGCCUGCCUUCA